AUGGAAUCCAAUAAUUCAGUGAAAAUGACAAAAAAAGGGCACGCAAAGAUGGUACCCCCAGAUGGUGGAUGGGGGUGGCUUAUUGUUUUAGGAUCGAGUAUUAUGAACGUAACAACAAUUGCCAUUGAACCAUCAUUUGGACUGCUUUUCAAGGAUCUCCUCAGUCAGCUUAGAGUAGAGACAACGGGUGCUUCUUUGGUAAUAUCUACACUGGACGGAAUUUUCAAUUUUUCAGGUCUCUUUGUCGGACCAUUAAUAAAAAAGUAUACAUACAGGAAAAUAGCUAUUUUAGGUUCGGCGAUAAGUUCUGCUGCUAUCCUAUUGACGGUUCCAGCAAACAGUAUGCCACACAUGAUAAUUACCUUUGGAGUACUUGGAGGUAUUGGAUUCGGCCUUGCUAAUACUUGCACAUUGGUAGGUAUCAAUAGUUAUUUCUCGAAAAAGAAAGGACAAGCAGUUGGUCUUUCGAUGGCUGGCACUGCUGUUGGUUUUAUGUUGAUGCCUCAGAUGGUCAGAUUAUUGCUCGAUGAAUAUGAUUUUCGUUCAGCACUGCUCAUAUUAGGGGCACUAUCUCUUCAUGGUUUGGUGGGAGCUUGCUUAUUUCAACCUGUUUCUUGGCACAUGAAAGCUGAGAUUGUAGAAUUAGAAGAAGAAGCUCAGAGCUUGACACACGUUCAAAUUGAGAAAAAGUAUAAUUCUGAAGAUGAUAUAAAAGGCAAUGUGUACAUUCCAAAUUUAAAGGGAAGUAAGAUUUUGUAUGAUGAUCCAUCAAAAGCUUCUUCGAGAAAAGAAUCAUUAAUUUCCAAUGUUUCUCUCUUAGAUGGGACAGGAAAUCCAUUUCACAUUCAAGGAAUCUCAGGGGAAGGAAUAAAAGAGUCAGACAAACAAUCAGAAAAAGCAACUGUAGGUUCAUGCAAGGAAGAAACACAGAUAAAAAAUAACAUAGGAAUCACACCCAACAAUAAUAUUACAAAAUCGAUAAAAAGUAAUUUAUUAAGGCUUACUAAAUUCAUGGACCUUCAUCUGCUGAAAGAUGGUGUGUACUUGAACAUCCUUUAUGGGUUGUCAAUGUUAGACGUGGUUGAAUUGAAUUUUAAAUUGAUUUUGCCUUUCUAUUUAUCGAACCUUGGAUUCAAACCUUCUGAAAUAGCAUAUGCAUUGUCAUCAAUGGCUGUCUCAGACAUUUGUGCUCGAAUAACUGUACCUCCAAUCAUGGAUAGGAUAGCAUACUCUAGGCGGACCACUUUUUUAUUUGGCUCUAUUUGUGUAGUCUUGGGCCGUUCUUGUUUAACUUUACAGACCACUAUUUUACCAAUCAUUGUUACAUUAGUGAUUGUUGGUUUCUUCCGUGGAAUAGCUCGUACCUCAUUUCCACUAGUUUUGACAGAAUAUUCAACUGGGAAUAACUUUCCUUCUGUUCUUGGUCUUUCAAUGGUUUUCAGAGGGAUUUCCGUUUCACUCUUAGGACCUCUGUUUGGUUAUUUAAGAGAUGUUACUAAUAGUUAUCCUAUGUUCAUCCAUUCCCAAACCAUACUAAUGACUUCAGUAUUAAUUACUUGGAUUGUUGAAAUAUUUAUCAUAAAUUCUAAAAAGAAUAAGCGAAAAAUCUCAGAUGCUUUAAACAAAGAAACUGAAGAAAAUUAUUGUGAUUAUUGA